CUGGAUGGUGGGCAUUGUGGCAUGGGGUUCGGAGUCGAGUUCCGAAUAACCUCUUUGAGAGAAGGUCUCGUCUCAUGCACUUCCGUCUUGAGAUAGCUUCAAGACCUUUUUCUUUCUUCCUCGGCGCACCCGGCGCAUGAACCGAGCUACGUCAAAGGUGGCCUCAACCCUCGACCCUCAAGCUCAAGGUCCAGUUUAUCUUAUUCUUCGCCCUGUCGGUCCAGUCACUUUCCCCCUUUCUUCCAUCGUCCUGCCCCUCCAUCCUCCGUCGCAACACUGAUUCCCUCGUCCAUCUCCUCCCAUUUUCUCCAAGCAGCCAAAGCUGAUCCAUCGAGGGCUUGGUGAUCUCUCCUCUUUGGUGAACCUAAACCUUUGGUUGUUUCCUUUUUCUCGCUGAUCUCUCAACUCCCUCCUCUCACCCAAGUCGCAUCGCAACUAUGAGGUCAACCCUCGUCGGUGCGCUGUUCGCGCUGGCUACCGUGGCCGCCAGCCAGGAAGCCGCCCAGGAGGUCUUGGAACACUACAGCCUCGAAGGCUACAAGUGCGACCACUCCGGUUACGAGAUUUCGCUUCUGUCGGCAGACCCCGUCGUCAUCUACAUUGAGAACUUUCUCACCCCGUUUGAGCGCCAGCAUAUGAUGAGAGUAACCAACGGCACCUUCUACCGCUCCAACGUAGCAGGCGCAGAAGGCGACGUCGUCUCCAACGUCCGCACCUCCUCCUCCACCACCGCCCCCUCCGACGAGGUGGCCCGCUGCAUCUCCGAGCGCGCCCGCCACUUCCAGGGCCUCGACAUGCCCUCCACCAACAUCGAGCCCAUCCAGCUGGUCCGCUACAACCCGGGCGAGCAGUACCAGUUCCACGUCGACUGGUUCAACAAGGAGGCCACCAAGCCCGGCGGCCACGCCGACGUCGGCCGCGGCGGCAACCGCGUCUCCAGCUUCUUCGCCUACGUCUCCGUCAGCGACGACAUUGUCGGCGGCGGCACCGCCUUCCCCAAGCUCAAGCCCCCUCCAGGCAACGGCUGGUGCAAGUUCAUCGAGUGCGACAACGACUACGACAGUGGCGUCACUUUCCGCGCCGUGGAGGGCAAUGCUGUCUACUGGUCGAACCUGAGGCAGGAUCCCGCUGGGAUGAGGGUGGGUGAUGUGAGGGUUCUGCAUGCUGGCUUGCCUGUCAUCAAGGGACAGAAGGUUGGCAUGAACAUUUGGACCAAGGAGGCCACCUUCAACUAAGCGGGCGUGGGCGUCUGUAUGUGCAUGACGAUAUGCGUAACGGUAGUAGUGUCAAUUGCAUGGUUAGCAGAAGGGGUCUGGUGGCUUGGAUGUUUGAGUUCCAAGCUGAGGACGCGAGGUCUUGUGUCUUGUUGAUGAUAAUCGCUACCAUGAAGCCGAGGUCCGGCGUCUUGUCUUUUGGGAGUUUGAUGUGCCAGGGUUUUUUUCUUCUUUCCUCAAAAUAUGAUGCGUCUACAUGUCAGAAUGCUUCGCUUUCGUGCCUUUCUUAGGUCGUUCAUGUUCGCUGUCCACAUUUCGUUGCGAAAGAAAUGAGAGUGAGAGGCAAUGAGAAGCUGAGGAGCCGAGGCUCAUCCAUCACCCAGCUUCACUCCCCCC